AUAAGUGUCGAGUUUUGCAGGCUGAAGCCGGAGGAACUCGCGUCUACGUGCAUGCUGUAAACGUACUUGUUCCAAAAACUCCGAUGUGGCACGCAACGUGUCAGUGUGGCUGAGGGAUUGAGGUGUGCGUGUGUGCGUCAAGAGGACGUAGACGCCGCUGGACUGGACCGGUACGUGCGCCCUUUAGCUCUACGCUUGCAACGUCCCGGCACAAGAGAAACAGGUCCGAUAAAAUUGCGAUUGUGGACGUUAUUUAUUUACCUCCAAGGCCUAUAUACCAGCAUUUCCGGAAGGAUAUACUGGAGUUACCACUUCAACUCGUGCUCGUCGUCUGCUUUGCUGUCAUGGCGCACUUGGACCCAGCCAACGACUGGACCGACACGUCGGAGUGGAGCGACGCGCUCGUGCCGUCUCGCGAUAUUGCCGUAGCGAUGCAAGAUCAAGCUGUCGUGUUGGCAAUGCUGGACUGCCUUAGAAACGACAGCGCUGAAGUUUGGGAUCCAGGAGCUAUUUCGUGCCCUCGCCUGUGGGACGGAAUCCUUUGCUGGGAAUCAGUGCCGGCAAAUACCUUGGUUGAAGUCCCGUGUCCUGGAUACAUCUUCGGCUUCGAUGGCUCACAGAACGCAAGCAAAUUCUGUACAGACAACGGUACGUGGUACACGAACCCAGAGGUCGGCACCGCUUGGACUAACUACACCCUGUGUGCGCCGCAAGACUCAGACCUGUAUAAUGAAGAUAUCUCCAUAUUUGAACCUCAUCUUGCCAGCAUCAAAUUGAUCUCCAAAGUGGGCUACUCGGUCUCCUUCAUUGCCCUCGUAGCUGCGUUCUUUGUUCUUGCUUCCAUCAAGAGGCUUCGCUGUCCUCGCAACAGCCUUCACAUGCAUCUCUUCAUGUCUUUCAUUCUGCGUGCUCUGGCGUUUCUCCUCAAAGACGCCCUAUUCAUCGAUGGAAUCGGUCUUCCAUCCAACCUGGACUUCAACCAACAGGAUAAUGUGCAGUGCGAAGAACCGAAGAAAGAUGUGUGCUGGACAGCGCAAGUCGACAUAACUUACAAUGUCGACUGCAAGGCCUUCACCAGCCUGUGGCAUUACAUGCUGAUGGCUAACUAUUGCUGGAUCCUGAUGGAAGGCCUCUACUUACACAACCUAGUCUUCCUCGCUUUCUCCGAUAGUUCGGGGAUUCUAAAGUACGUCGCUCUCGGCUGGGGACUUCCUGUGCUGUUCAUCGUGCCCUGGGUGAUUGCACGGGCCACUCUGGAAGAUACCUUAUGUUGGACCACAAACGCGAAACAGGAACUGUUCUGGAUUAUACGUGGCCCAAUCACAGCAUCGAUAGUAGUGAACUUCAUCCUCUUCGUGAACAUAACGCGAGUAUUGUUCGCAAAGUUAUUCGCCUCACAAACUCCGCAAGCGCGGCGAUACAGAUACAGGAAGUGGUUCCGCUCUACAUUGGUGCUGGUGCCUCUUUUUGGCGCCCACUACACCCUGUUGCUCGGAAUGUCGCUGGUUGCUGCUGCCGACAAAUUGGAGUUGGCUUGGCUGUACAUAGAUCAACUUUUUUCGUCUUUUCAGGGCUUCGUCGUCGCAUUGUUGUACUGCUUCCUGAAUGGCGAGGUGCAGACGGAGCUUCGUAAGCUGUUGCACAGGUGGAGCUGCUCAGCGUCGUCCCAGGGUCAGCACCACCAUCGGCACUCAUUCUUCACGCAGUCCAUGACCUAUCUGAGCCGGGGCCGAAGCUCCAACCACUCGAUCCAAUCUGAUAGGCGAGAUGGAGGAUCCAAGAGCCCUUCUCCCAAUUCUACGAAGAGAUCGGCGUCCAGGCGGAAUAUAGGCAACCCGAUGCAAGAACAGAUAUCACCGUCAGCAGUGCCGGCAGCCAACGCCAGCCAGCCCUUGACGAAUCAUUGGCGUUCCAACGGAUGCCCUGGUACGACCGAGCAGUCAGUGCGGGUCUUGCGAAACCCGCGUGAUGUAGAGGGUGGCCGCAGGGGCGUCGACUCGAGCGAGGAACAUCUCUUGGACGACCUCACUGAUAAAGAAAGUCAACUAUGAAGAGGCUCCAUAGAGAAAAUGGAGGAAGAUAUCCAGAUGAGGACAACUUCAAAGCCUUCGUAGCCGGAGAAGGAACAAACAGCUUCUUAAAAGUGGCCGUGGUGAAGCCGUGUUCACUUGCCGGAGCACACAGACAGAAACGAACAACAGUUUCCGAUCGCUGACUAUAGCAUAACGCACGGAGCUAAAAACCUCAAUAUGAUCUUCUUCCUCUUCGCUAAAGUGCCACAACAGGCAAGCAACGUUGCAACCGUGCUUUCCCCUCCGUGGCCCUUGCAGUGACCACUUACGAAGCGUCACGUGACUUUCACUCCGUGACGGUCGCACAGCGCCCUCUUGCGGAGUAGGCAAACGGUUCUGUUGGAGGCGUUUGAGCGUUGCGCGUGCGGUGCGCAGAAGCAACUUGACUUUAAGCGAAGUGACUGCAAAAUUCUGCAAAGCUGCAGCCAACAAUCAAAUGAGUGGAAAGGAAUUCCACACUAAAGAAGCAGCCAGAGCACCUCACUGACAACAAAGCAUUUUGUCGUAGGGCUUAAGACUAUUUUGUAUUGAAUAUUUCGAUGGUUAUAUGGCCAAAAAGAAUUCACCGCUCUGGUGGUGAACAUUGAAAAGUCUCUCGAGCAAAUUUUAAAUAAGAAGUUAGUUGCGCACAUUUCCCUGUUCCCCGGGUGAUAUCACUAAUCCUAAUGAUAUUGGAUUGGAUAUGAUAGAAAAAUAUGGAGACGUUAGUCCCGACCCAGUCAGGACUGGCUACUCCUAAUGAUAUCCUAAUAAGCAUUAACAACGGUGUGAUACACUUGGUUCGUUCGUCUUUAGCUUUAGCCGAGCUGUGAACUAUCUAUGAAGGACAGUACAGGCCAUCAUGAUUUUACCUGUUACCUUCUGCUAUAGUAGUUGUACAGCGAGCGCUACAUGACCCUUCAUACAUUUCAUAAGGCCUGCGUGAAUUUGUGAAUUUUGUGCUCCUGCAUCAACCAGCGCAUGUGAUAUAAGUGUUGCCCGUCGCACCAGCAGUGCUGUUUGACCCUCUUCUGGUGGCGUUUUCUGACUGGUGGUGAUGGUCAGAGCCGGGAGGCAGCUUGCUUGUGAGAAUGGUCCCUGAGACGGCGAUGUGACCUUGAGACACUCGAUGGACACUUGGCACAGCAUGGACACAACACCGGCGGGUACACAGGACUGUCGUGCGUCAACACCACGAACGGACGAUGCGCGAAAUGACGUGUGGCAGACGUGCACUACGGAGCUGCUUUGCAGCGAGGGCACGAUGUACUGUACCCGUGUUACUGUACCGUGGGGUGACGUGGUCGCUCCAACGGCAUAAUUCUCUCCCAUAAACGAGUUGUGCUGC